GGUGGGUUCCGACCGCCGGGCUACGGGUCGCCGUUGGGCUCAGCGCGCGCGGAACAAAGGACGCUCGGGUCUAUCUGGUCGGGACUGGGAGCGACCCCGGGGGACCCCGCGACCCGGCCGGGGCGGCCCAUGAUGGGGCUGAUCUUCACCAAGCUGUGGAGCCUCUUCUGUAACCAAGAACACAAAGUAAUUAUAGUGGGACUGGAUAAUGCUGGGAAAACCACCAUUCUCUAUCAAUUCUUAAUGAAUGAAGUGGUUCAUACAUCUCCAACCAUAGGAAGCAAUGUGGAGGAAAUCGUUGUGAAGAACACGCAUUUUCUCAUGUGGGAUAUUGGUGGCCAGGAGUCACUGAGGUCAUCCUGGAACACAUAUUACUCCAACACAGAGUUCAUCAUUCUUGUUGUCGAUAGCAUUGACAGGGAACGACUAGCUAUUACAAAAGAAGAAUUAUACAGAAUGCUGGCUCACGAGGAUUUAAGGAAGGCUGCCGUCCUUAUCUUUGCAAAUAAGCAAGAUAUGAAGGGGUGUAUGACAGCAGCUGAAAUCUCUAAAUACCUCACCCUUAGUUCCAUUAAAGACCAUCCCUGGCACAUCCAGUCCUGCUGUGCUUUAACAGGAGAAGGGUUAUGCCAAGGCCUAGAGUGGAUGACCUCUCGGAUUGGUGUGAGAUAACUUUGGGGCUCGAAAGAGACUGCUCUAUUUAUUCUGUGACAUGAACAUUUUUUUCCUAGUACCUUUGGCUGCUAAGGCAGCAGCAUGUUUAAUUUAUAACAACACAAACCUCUAUGAGCAACACUUGAAUCAAGUGCAGCUGAACUGGAACAUAAAAAAAAAAGAUUUUUUUUUUUCUUAACUUUUUUUUAAUGCACUAAUCUUCAUUUGGAUGGUCGUAAUGUAUAACUAUUUUCAGUAACAUAAUUCUUCUGACUGCUUAUUCUAAUGAUUCAAUUACUACCUUGUAAAGAAUGACUGUUAUAGGUCUAAUGUUAUAUUUCAGUAUUGUAAUAACGUUAAUGACCGGUUUCUUUCAUUUAUUUAACACCCCUUUCCACCACCAGAAAAUUAAUGGUUUGACAGAGCAGUAGUGGAA